GCUGUACCCAGCCGUCAUCCUCGUGGCUCUGGCCUCCUCCGUCAGGAGCGCGGAUAAAAUCACCGUGGUGAAUUCGUGGCCGGGAGGGUUUCAGGGUUCCUUCUGUGUGCACGCUAAUCAUGCCUAUCAUGGAUGGAAAGCCCAUAUGGUGUUCGCCAGCGCAGUGGACUCGAUCCAGACUGGCCAAGCCAAUGUGGUAUCAUCAAAUAGUGCAAAAACAGAGUACAUCAUAUCGUCCAAAGACUGGGAUGCAGAAAUCGCCAGUGGAGAAUGUAUGAAAAUAGACUUCACGGCGAAUGUCGCGGCCGGAGGAAGCGCUCCGAAGGGAACGGUCUUCCUAGAGGGGAGUUCUGGAUCUUCAGGAAGUGUGACAAGCGGUCAAGGAAAUCAUGGAAGCCACGUCACACCCACAAAUCCAGUAGCACAUGGGCAUGGAACAAAACACGAGAAGUACGACUACGGCGAGGUUCUGGGGAAAUCUAUCUUGUUCUACGAAGCGCAAAGAUCUGGUAAACUUCCGGCAAACAACAGGGUAAAAUGGCGAGGUGACUCCGCACUGAAGGAUGGUUCCGAUGUAGGCCACGAUCUCACGGGAGGAUGGUAUGAUGCUGGAGAUCAUGUCAAAUUCGGUUUACCAAUGGCUGCAACAACAACAUUACUGCUGUGGAGUUUGAUUCAGUGGCCUGACGCGUACACAGCCGCCAAACAGCUGGACCACAUGUACGACUGUGUGAAAUGGCCUCUGGACUAUUUUAUCAAGUGUCACACAGGCCCAACCGAAUUUUAUGCUCAGGUUGGCGACGGACAUCCCGAUCAUUCGUACUGGGGGAGACCUGAAGACAUGACCAUGAAACGUCCAGCUUACAAAGUCACGGCACAGAAACCAGGAAGUGACGUGGUUGGGGAAACAGCUGCCGCAAUGGCUGCCGGUUAUAUAGCUUUUAAAAAGAGGGAUCCCGCUUAUGCCACAAAACUGCUUACUCAUGCCAAGCAGCUGUACGAAUUCGCGUCCAAACACAAAGGGCAGUACACACAGGCUAUCCCAGGAGCUGCAGAGUUCUACGCAUCUGGUGGGUACAUGGACGAGUUGACAUGGGCAGGGGCUUGGCUGUACAAGGCAACGGGGCAGCAGAAAUACCUGGACGAAGCUCAGGCUAACUACCGCCAUGGCGUCAUGGGUCCAGGCUGGGCUCUCUCAUGGGACAGUAAACAAGCCUGCGCUCAGAUGCUCUUGUAUGAACUCACAAAGGGUCCUGACUACAAACGUGACAUCACGAUGUUCUUGAACGCCUGGCUACCCGGGGGUCAAGUCCAAUAUACCCCAAAGGGUCUAGCCUACAGAGAUAAGUGGGGCCCUAACAGAUACGCCGCAAAUUCUGCUCUAAUCGCGUUAAUGGCAGCCGAAAAUGGACUCAAUGUCGACAAGUACCGCGCAUGGGCAGAAAAGGAGAUCAAUUACAUCCUAGGGGACACGGGGCACAGUUUUGUUGUCGGAUUCGGGAAGAAGCCACCCCAAAGGCCGCAUCAUCGAUCAAGUUCCUGUCCAAAUCGCCCUGCGCCUUGUGGAUGGGACAACUUUAACAGCCCAGAUCCUGACCCUCAGAUAUUAUAUGGCGCCAUGGUAGGAGGCCCAGAUACUAACGAUGUUUACAAAGAUGAUCGUAAAGAUUACGUGAAGAACGAAGUGGCAUGUGAUUAUAAUUCUGGGUUCCAAGCUUCAGUCGCGGGUUUGAAGCAUUUAGCCCUCAUUGGUGAGCUACCCGCAACUUAUUAACAUACUUUUUAAAGCUGAUUUUAAAUUCAUUGUAACCAUUCUUUAAUUAUUAAUAAAUGUUAUAAAACAGG